GUACGAAAGAGAGAAAGAAUUUGACAUCCGAGUGGCCUGCAUGAAACACAUGGAGAAAACAGGCUCAUCCGGCACAGGCAAACAGGCUGUAGCAGGCAUUCCACAGUCCAAGAACGCUUUCGACGUGCUGCUGCGGCAAAAGAGUGAACUGUUGGAAUUCACCGCCUUCAGGUACCACGAGAAGAAGAGGGAAAGGGAAGCAGGAUCCUCCAACUCCGACUCGAGUCAGGAGACGCAGACCUCGAGAGACUCGAUAAGGGGAAUGGCCCUGAAGAACUGGAAACCUUCCAAGGGCAAGGAAAAGAAACUCAGGAGACCGUCGAACGACACCAACAAACAAAAAAACGAACAGAGACAAAUCACACAAGAAAUCGCGAUGGUGGCAGCACAGACAAAACGUUUGUUUGAGCAGAACGCUGACUACARGAAAGGACACGACAAGGAGCUCAUCACCAUCCAGAAAAUCGUUGAGGACGYAGCCCCCACCRUCACUGAGAYAGCAAGGACGRACAGAAAAACCAUCAAACCAGUCYGUCCCCUCGUCCCAGUAYGGUUUAGGAGCAGAUUCAAUGAGUGGCAGGUAGCGACAGAGGAAUCCUUUGCCAUGCCCACCAUCAGCGAUGAUCGGGCCCUGGCCAGGUGCAUCAAGGACCACAUCUAUGCAGACUGCCCCUUGGGAGUCUACGAGGUCCCCCAAUACCACACAGCCACGACCAGCGGCAGCAAUAACGCACGAGAUGACCGCAGAUCAUUCGACCCCUUUCUGGUCAAGCUGGAUGAGAAAGCCAAACUGCAGGAAGGCCUCACUUGGAGAGCGUGGAACACCAUCACAGCACUCCCCUACAGUGUGCCCGCGAGCAGGUUUUGCCCGGCAGAAGUGAUGGCGGACUCGCUGGCCGUCAUAAUCAAGACUCAUCUUCUCACCUCGAAGAACUCCCUGCAAGACGAGGCAACCCCGAUAUAUGUCGGUCGGGAGGACAGCGACAACGGAGAGGACGAAAAAGACGAGAUGUUGGAUAAUGACAAGACUUCCCCAGGCGACGAUGGCUCGGCUGGUCCACCCCCGUCGGAGGGCAGCGUGAGUGCGUACAGCCUGGACCCGCCAGCCAGCAAGGAGGACAACGGGGGAGCCGAAAUCGAAAGCCGCGAGACAGCGGUUGACUGUAGUAGGACAAACAGCCGAGGAUGCAGAGACAAACUGCAGACGCCGAAACAUCACAAGGCAACACAAUCACGAAAGAUUGGCAAGCCAAAGGACUCAAAAUAAUCAGCUGGAAUGUUAAUGGGUUGGGUAACGCAAUAACAGAGG